AAAAAAAAAUAAUAAAUGGCUGACCACCCGGCAUAGUACUGUGUGGUUGCACACUCCACCUUCGAAUUCAGAAUCGCAUAUUAAAUUUUUUAGCAUACUGCCCCGUUGUCGACAAUGAUUGACAUGUCCGCAGCGACAGAAUUGCCCUUGGAAUGCACAUCUCAGUGGAGCGAGAAAACAUUCGAGGAGCUAUGUAAGGACUGGCUUCAAUUUGAAUCAAGCCAACCCUCAACGCCGCAAGCUUCAUAUAACCCAUCUUCCUCUCAGAAAGGAGUCGAUAACGAGUCGAGCUUAUGGCUUGACAUCCAGCAAUGGGCUAUUCCAUCAUUCUCGCCACAGCUGUUUCUCACCGACGUACAAUCACCGGGUUCGUUCAGGCCUUACGGAACGCCGCUAGCAAACGGCCCAUCAGAGACUGAACAGCAGGAGUGCUACUUUAGCCAGAGGCAUCAAUCAAGCAUUAUUUUGCAGAACGAUGGGUGCAAUAGCUUGAAUGAUACACAGGAUCUUCCAGAAUCUUGCCGCGAACCAGAGGCGCAUACACAAGCUGUUGUGGAAAACUUUCAGCAUCAGACAGUGCAACCUUCCAUAAACCAAUCACCUCAAGAGGCAAGUCGCUUGGUACCACAGAGCCACAAAACUAAACCUGUUGGCAUAUCGCAAAAGCGCAAGGCUAGUGUCAGUAUAAAUGACCCUGUGCGCAUCAGACGUUACGGCGACGCGCCUGGAAGGGACGCGGGGAUUCUAGUCGAAUGGGGCAAGCUGCCACAGGGUCGUAGCAAGAUGGAAGGAGAUAGUCUGGCCUCGUAUCGGGUCAAUCGCAAGUACAGAGCAUGCGAAACAUGCAAAAAAGGGCGAAGGAAAUGCGGCCGACGCUGUUUUCCAUACAUAGAGUGUAUAAACACAAAGCCACUCGUUUUUCUGGACAGGCCCACGAACAUUCGGCUCUUCCGCUCAGGACCCGCCGUCGGACAUCCACUCUUCUCAGAGCUGCCGGACUUGUACAGGCUGGAGGACCUGUCUAGGUCGCCCAUCACAUUCUCGAGCAGCAUAUCUCAAGGCAUUUAUGUCCUUCCGUUGCAUAUUGAGAUAACUGAGUUUCAACCACAUCCUCAAUUGAAGACUGCACGUUCAUACAAGGCAUUAUCGCGUAUGCAUGUUUUGGAGAUGCCCCGUCUCUGCCUCGCAAGCAUUGCAGCCACAAGGGCGGUACUGCAAGAGUACAUUGAAAAAUCUUGGUAUCUAUAUCUGCAAUCUAUCAUGCUAAAUGUGGAUAGCAUUACUCAAUCUGUCCUGCAUGAGGCUAUCCGAUAUACAACAAGCUUCCAACAACAACACGCAUCCAUCGUGUAUCGCGCACUUAAGCUUUUAGCGCUGGGCCGCAUGAUCGAACUCGACUGGGUGUUCACAUGUUCCAACAUUCCGGGAGUCGACGUUGUGGCUGACCCCCACAGCCCCUGGUUCGCGAAGCGACCGAUCACGCCAGUAAUUGACACCCAAUUGGACCAGAUCAUUAUCCAAAAUUUCCUCGCUCCUUUACGCGCAGGACUAUUAAACGACCUUUACGUUAAGAUGAAGUAUGGAAAGCGGCAAGACUGGUUUGAGAUAUUUCUCGUAACCUUCAUCCUCCAGAUCAACGUUGCAUUACUCCUCAAGCAUUCGCGGAAGAACGCUAUCCAAUGCGGUGCGAGCCAUCGAUACAACUCACUAGCCCUUGCCGAGGAGUACUUUCACGGAUCGAACAUCCUGCUUGCUCAUUUCCUGCACGGUGGCAAUGGGAUUGCCCAGAUCCUCCAGUUAAAAGCGACUAGCGUUGGCAUCAGCACCGGCCAGGAGGCUUUCUUGCGGAGACUAGCAGAAUCACUGCAUUCACAAAAGACGGCCCUUUGGAAGCUUCGAGAAUCAAAGCACUAUGAAGCAGAUUUGUACUGGACCCAUCAGAUGUUUCUGGCCGACUGGACUCCAGAAGAUAAGACGAUCGCGGAACCGUGACAUCUCGGAGCAGGCAAGGAGGUGUAUCCAUGAGGUUGGACGAAGAAGUCAAGACUGUGUACUACUAUCGCACUCUAUUAGCCUUUAUUUCAGCAGAGCAUGGACAGAAAGGGCUUCCCUGGAUGGAGCACCUGUUUACAACUGCUGAUUUUCUGUACAAUUUGGAAUGCCAAGUACUAUAACCACGAGCCUGUUAAUUCCGACUUAAU